UCAAAGAAUCCUCCUGCCUCGGCCUCCCAGAGGGCAGUGUACUUUUAAAUUCUUGAUUUGUUUUUUUCAGUUGACCCUGCUUGCUAUUGUCAAAGUGCUUGUUCACCUUUUGUUACUCUAAUCUGGAUUAGGCAGGGAAACAUGUUUGUUAAAACUGCCUCAAGUGAAUUUAUCACUGAACAUUCUUUUGUACUAUUUAGAUUUAUUGCCAUGUGCAAAUGCUACUUUCAUUAAAGAGGGGGGACAGGCCAAGGUUGUGUGUGUGUAUGGAGAGUAAAAAGACUUGAAGUGGGUAUUUACAUACUACCUUCUACUUAAAUUGCACAGGAUUUUUAGAGCACAGUUUUAAUUAUUUGCCAACUCAGACUCACUUAAUCUUUUAUAUAAUUAUUUAUUUAUUAUUAUUUUGCUUUCUUUCUGAUUCUCAACUAUGUUUCCAGUAACUUGAGAUUGCCAAAUAAGUAGUUAUCCUAGUUAGUUAUUAUGUUUCUUAGUCAUUAAACCAAUCUGAAAAUGCAAAAUACCAAGUACCAAUCUUAAUUAUUCUUAUAUGUUGAGGAAAAAUAAAAUGAGUGAAUAUGAGUGAAAGGGUUAUACUGGCAAAGCAUUGCAGUAACAAUGUUUGGGGUUUUUAUAAUAUUCUUCAAGAGUAUUUUAAAAGUUUAAGGAUAAACACAAACCAGUAAAGGCUUAUUUCAUACAAGUCUUUUCACUGGAUAUAAUACUGUUGCUAUCUUCAAUCUGACAUUAUUUGUUUUGCAGACCUCUACCUGCAUAAGCACAGAUAUCAAAUUGUGAUUCAGAGCAAAGCAGUAUUUUAAAAUAUUUUCAUAUUCCUGAAUAGAAAUUCUGGCACAUUAAAAUAUAGCUGAUUACUCUUGAGUAUUAUUUCAUUUAUUUGCACCUAGAAUGCUUAGCAAGUAAUUUUUUCUAAAAUAUUGAAUUUUAAUUUGAAAAAAGCAGCAAAUACCAAAUAAAACCUGAAGUGCUCAGCAGAACUGAACUAAAUAUUUUCUAAUAGCUUUCAACACAAGGAAUAUAAAUUUGAAACAAAAAAGGGGCACAAAUACCAACACAGAUCAAUAAUAUUAAUGAUUUUAAAAUAUGAGUUAUCUAUAGUGAUCUUUUAAAAAGGUAACCUUGAGAAUGCUGAAGUUCUAAUACUAAGCUAGUCUUACAGUUUAGAAAAAAUAUAAAUAGCAUAACUAUUAAGAUUUAUAUACCAGUUUUCUGAAAUAAGGCAAAAAUGUUUUCACUGCAUAUAAUAUACUUUUUCCACUGUAAAAUCUGUGAAAAAAUAGCUGCCAGUGAACCAGCCCCUAAACCCAGAGCCCAUCUGUUUACAAAUAAGCAGUGAAAAGUUUCUGCUAAAACCUAUGUAUACAUGUAGAAUUCAGACUUUUCCAUGCUCUUCUAUAUAAGGUUGCAACCAGAGAAAAUUAAUGGUGUUCCACAGCAAAGGCAUAAAAGCUGGAUGAGAAUCUUGUUUCACUACUAGAAAUCAAAACUGUGGAAACCACUGUAUGGCUAACAGCACAGAAUCUUUAUAUUAAUAGAAUGAAAGCUCUAGAAUCUCUAGAUUGUAUCUUAUUCUUUCUCAAAUGGGAAAAAUAGUCCAGGCUUAAUCUCAAACAAAACUAUCUUAAGCUAAGACGACAGAGUUUAUUACAGUCCCUUCCCAGUAUCAAAGAGAACUCUUAAGAAUAUAACUUGAAUAAGGGUCAUGAACUGGUUCAACACACUUAACAGUGGUUUAUGAAUUACAAUGAAUGUUGCUACUUUCUAAAAAUGAAUGUAUUAAAGAGGAAAUAACCUCCUUGGCAUGCUUACAGCUAUACAACACAUUUGUUUCACUGCUUUCAAGCGCCAGUGCUAGAGGCUCAGAAUAAGUCAAUGGGAGGAGGAUUUGAGUCACAGAAGCAAGCAGGUCUACAGAACGGAUAAGAAGACACGCUCAGGAAAGUAACAAGCAAAUGAAACCUAUCAGUUUCUUUCACUGAGCCUUCUGAAAUCUAAGCCUCUAGAAAAUACUAACUACCUGGAGGUCUUACCUACAAACAUGGACAAACAUACUCUCAUUUUAGAAAACUGGGAUUUUUUUUUUUUAAAGGAAGGAGUCAACUUUGGCUUUGAGUGUUUGGCAUAGGUACAAUGCCUUAUAAAAGCAGAUGACUAGCUUAGCUACUGACCAUGCUGAUGACCACUAUCCGGAACUGGAUCCAACUACAGAAAAACAGCAAAUGGCUCUCUCUUAUAGAAUGUCUGAACAAAGCACGGUUCCUGAGCACAUUUUGCAGAGGACAUUGGAUCACUUAAUUUCUUCUAACCGUUCUGGAUUACAGACAGAAUCAAUACCAGAGGAAAUGAAACAGAUUGUUGAGGAAGAGGGAAAUAAACUGCACUGGGCAGCUCUUCUGAUACUCAUGGUGAUAAUACCCACAAUAGGUGGGAACAUCCUUGUUAUUCUGGCUGUUUCACUGGAGAAAAAGCUGCAAUAUGCUACCAAUUACUUUCUAAUGUCCCUGGCAGUGGCUGAUUUGCUGGUUGGAUUGUUUGUGAUGCCGAUUGCCCUCUUGACAAUAAUGUUUGAAGCUACGUGGCCCCUCCCACUUGUUCUAUGUCCUGCCUGGUUAUUUCUUGAUGUUCUCUUUUCAACUGCAUCCAUCAUGCAUCUCUGUGCCAUUUCAGUGGAUCGUUACAUAGCCAUCAAAAAGCCAAUCCAGGCCAAUCAAUAUAACUCACGGGCUACAGCAUUCAUCAAGAUAACAGUGGUGUGGCUAAUUUCAACAGGCAUUGCCAUUCCGAUCCCCAUUAAAGGGAUAGAGACUGAUGUGGAUAACCCAAACAACAUCACCUGCAUGCUGACAAAGGAACGAUUUGGCAAUUUCAUGCUCUUUGGCUCACUGGCUGCCUUUUUUAUACCACUUGCGAUCAUGAUAGUCACCUACUUUCUCACUAUCCAUGCUCUACAGAAGAAAGCUUACUUGGUCAAAAAAAAGCCACCUCAACACCUAACAUGGCUGACUGUGUCUACAGUUUUCCAAAGGGAUGAAACACCUUGUUCAUCACCUGAAAAGGUGGCAAUGCUGGAUGGUUCUCGCAAGGACAAAACUCUGCCCAACUCAAGUGAUGAAACACUUAUGCGAAGAAUGUCCUCUCUUGGCAAAAAGUCAGUGCAGACCAUUUCCAAUGAACAGAGAGCCUCAAAGGUCCUAGGGAUUGUGUUUUUCCUCUUUUUGCUUAUGUGGUGUCCCUUUUUUAUUACAAAUAUAACUUUAGUUUUGUGUGAUUCCUGUGACCAAACUACUCUCAAAAUGCUCCUGGAGAUAUUUGUGUGGAUAGGCUAUGUUUCCUCAGGGGUGAAUCCUUUGGUCUACACCCUCUUCAACAAGACAUUUCGGGAUGCAUUUGGCCGAUACAUCACCUGCAAUUACCAGGUGACAAAGAGAGUAAAAACUCGUAGAAAACGCUCAAGUAAGAUUUACUUCAGGAAUCCAAUGGCAGAGAACUCUAAGUUUUUCAUGAAACAUGGAAUUCGAAAUGGGAUUAAUCCUGCCAUGUACCAGAGUCCAAUGAGGCUCCGAAGUCCAACCAUUCAGUCUUCAUCAAUCAUUCUACUAGAUACACUUCUCCUCACUGAAAAUGAAGGCGACAAAACUGAAGAGCAAGUCAGUUAUGUAUAGCAGAACAGCACCGUUUUUAUCUAACAUGAUGAGUGAGAUGGCAAAGAUACCAAGAAUCCUAUAAAGAACAACUUUAUGUCAUAUAUCAAAAUCAUCUCUUUAAUCUAAGAGUUAGGGAUUAAGAUUAUCCAAUUUCUUAUUUGGACAAAAAACUCCAUGAAGAAAAUAAUUUUGUACAGCUACAAAUGAGGACAAUCCAGUAGUUUGAUUAAAUGGCAAGGUAUUCAAAUGAAAUAAAAUCAAAUAAAUCAAUAAAUUUUAGGCUUUAAAAAAA